AUGGUGUUCGUGAAGAUGUUCUCGAAUUUGGUCAACUACCCAGUCGAAUCUUUGAUCAUUUUGUCUUGUGUGCUCUCCACCGUUUACAUUCUCAGCAAUGAGUUUAGGCGGUACAUGGCCCGCAUUAAGGGUUUCAAAGGCCCACCAGGCCUUCUCAUGAUUGGAAAUCUCGAGCAAAUCCAGGAGAAUGCGGCAGAACAAUAUCGGCAAUGGUCUGGAGAGUAUGGACCUGUGUACCAGAUCCAGUUGGGCAAUAUCCCUAUUAUCGUGGUCAAUACUGCGGCUUCUGCAAAGGCGCUGUUCAGCCAGAACUCCCAAGCAUUAAGUUCGCGACCUGAGUUCUAUACAUUCCAUAAGGUGGUGUCAAAUACUGCUGGUACAACAAUUGGGACUUCUCCUUACAGUGAUUCCCUUAAAAGGCGAAGAAAGGGAGCCGCUUCUGCUCUCAACAAGCCAUCUGUUCAGUCAUAUGUUGGCCACUUGGAUCUCGAGACUAAGGAUUUCGUCUCUGAACUUCUCAAAUAUGGACAUGCGGGAAAUACCGCCAUUGAUCCCAUGCCCAUGAUCCAGCGACUGAGUCUUAGUCUUGCUCUUACCCUUAACUGGGGUGUUCGGAUGGCAUCGCAGGAGGAGGAACUCUUCAAGGAAAUCACUCAUGUCGAAGACGAAAUUAGUCGGUUUAGGAGCACCACUGGAAACCUACAGGAUUAUAUCCCUCUUCUACGCCUGAACCCUUUCAACUUUGGGUCCAAGAAAGCCGCAGAAAUGCGGGAUCGCCGUGACAAAUACUUGCAGCACCUAAAUGCCGGCCUUGAGGAGAGGAUGGCUAAGAAUGAACAUCAGCCAUGCAUCCAAGCCAAUAUUAUGCUUGACGAGGAAAUUAAAUUGAAUAAAGAGGAGCUUACUUCCAUUAGCUUGACCAUGCUUUCUGGAGGACUGGAUACUCUGACGACAUUGAUGGCUUGGAGUAUUGCUCUCUUUUCGCAAAGGCCUGAUAUCCAGGAUAAGGCUGCAGAGGCUAUUAAAGAGUUUUACUCUCGAGAUCAGCCAUUAUGUGAUGCAAUGGACGACCAAAAGUGUGAAUAUAUUGUUGCGUUGGGCAAAGAGUGUCUUAGAUAUUUCACAGUCCUUCGCCUUGCACUUCCGCGAACUUCGAUCAAGGAUAUCACCUACGAUGACAAAGUUAUCCCCAAAGGAACUGUCUUUUUCCUUAAUGCAUGGGCAUGUAAUAUGGACCCUUAUGUAUGGACUGAUCCAGAAGUGUUCCGGCCCGAGCGCUGGAUCGAAAAACCAGACGCACCGCUAUUCACAUAUGGUCUUGGCUAUCGCAUGUGCGCUGGGUCAUUGCUGGCUAACCGCGAGAUUUAUCUCAUCCUAAUUUGCAUGCUAAACAGCUUCAGAAUUACGUCAGACGAAAAGAUCAACACCCAUCCAAUCCACGGAAAUUCUGAUCCAACGAGCUUGGUUGCCAUCCCUAAUAAAUACAAAGUGAGAUUUACACCGAAAAACAAAACUGCACUUGACGAGGCCAUUUCUAGCUUCUCUUCAAAAUAA